AAUGAUUUUCUUGUUUUAGAAUAAUUUAUUAUCUAAUUAACAAACUGCAUUAGACUCGGUGACGCGUAACUCGUCAUCAAUGUAUUUGAAGUAAAAAUGAAAUGGGAAUAAAGCAUACCUUUUUCCAAACGGUUAUAAGGUAAUCAUCCGAUAUUAUUACUAAUCAUUGGUGGAAGUUAUUUUACUGCAGUCCUAUAAGUUAGGAAUUCAGCUUAAAUCAAUAUUUUAUUUUCAUUUAUCUAAUAAGUCAAAUCAUGCAAUCAAAGUCAAAUUCUUUAGUUUUUUCUCCUAAAUAUAAUAAAAAUAUCUGCAGUUCAAGCAUAUUUGGAAUAUGUCAAAGUCAGUCCAUGUAAUUGCGUUGGACCUUUAAGAAAAAUACAUAUUAGUUUCCAGCAUAAAAGAAAUUAUCAACACCCUACAAUUUAUAUUAUUUUAUACUUUAUCCACGAAUGAUGGGAGGACACCAAAUUAUAUAAAUUAGCAGUACUUUUGAAUAUGAGUUUCCUUGAGUUUAUUGUUGUUAUAAUUAUCAAUGAAUUAGUAUGAUUAAAUGGUACUUGUUAACUGAUUUUAGCAAAAGAUUAUAUAGUUCUUUUCCAAGUUUAUCAUUAUUUAUAUAAAUUAUUAUUAUUACCCUUGAAUUAGCAAUAUGUAAAUGAUUUUGAAAUAUAUUUUUAUCUUUUGUUUAUCUAUGUAUAUGAAAUCUUAGCUAAUUACUUAGUAUUUUUAAAAUAAUGAGUUUAAUAAAAUCAAACUCCAGUUUCCUUUUGGUUAAUUAUGGAGAGGUCAAUAUAUAUAUACAUAUACACAAGUUUAUGGAGAGGUUUCAAAAAUAUCCAAAUAAUCAAGUAAAUUGAUUAUAAGCAAAAGAAAUGAUAGAUGACAGCAUUUGAUCAUAACCACAGCUUUAAAAAAUAAAUUAAAAGUCGAUAUUGUUGAAAAAUAGAUAAAUAUAUAAUAUUGAAAUUUGAUUGUAAAAAAAUAUUAAAUUGAGGACAAAACAAACCAAACAAACGGGAUUACAUAAUAUAGUCAAAGACACGUUAAUGUGGAAGCAGUUAAAAGAUGGAGGAAGAAUUUUCUUUGGUAUAAAACAUGCAAAAGUCCUUGUGUGGCCUGGCCUCAUUAUAAGAAGAAUCUCUACAGAGGAACACACAUAUAUCCAUCCCUUGUUAUCUUGUAAACACCUUUUUGUCUACUAGUAUUAAGAUAUUCAUGGGAACUGGAAGAGCCAUGGUCUUGCUGUUGCUCUUGUUCAUGUUAUUCUUGGUUUUGGAUGUCUCUGUUGUUGGAGCUCAAAGAACAACAACAACAACAGAGUUUACUUUCAGAGGAUUUACUGGAAACGAAUCAUCGAUUCGAUUGGCAGGAGCUGCAAUGAUCAAACCGGAUGGCCUGCUGAGGAUCACUGACCGAACCCAAACCGUUACCGGUACGGCGUUCUACAAUAAACCGGUGAGAUUGCUCGAGAACAACGGGAAUUCAACAAGGGUUGCUUCUUUUAGCACAUCAUUCGUGUUCGUCAUCAUCCCCACAAGCUCCAGCAACGGAGGUUUUGGAUUCACCUUCACGCUAUCUCCGACCCCUGACCGCCCCGAAGCAGAUGCCGCGCAGUACUUGGGACUUUUGAAUGAAACAAACGACGGGAACCUUACGAACCACGUAUUCGCGGUAGAAUUCGACACGGUGCAAGGCUUCGGAGACGUGUCUGAUAGAUCGGGGAAUCACAUCGGUCUGAAUUUCAACAACCUCACAUCGGUUUUCCAAGAACCGGUCGUGUACUACGACGAGUCUGACCGAAAAGAGGAUUUCCUACUUCAGAGUGGUGAUCCCAUACAAGCCCUUCUGGAUUACGACGGUCCUACCCAAACCCUUAACUUCACCGUUUAUCCGGCACGCUUGAAGUCUAAACCCGUAAAGCCCUUGAUCUCCCAACGCGUUCCCAAACUGGUAGAGAUCGUGCAAGAAGAAAUGUACGUGGGUUUCACGGCAGCCACUGGGAGAGAUCAGUCCAGUGCUCAUUACGUGAUGGGUUGGAGUUUCUCUAGCGGCGUAGAUCCUCCUCCUCUUGCUGCAGAACCGCUCAACCUCUCCGAGCUUCCUCCUCCGCCUCCUAACACUGCCAAGAAGACAGGCUACGAUUCUGGAGUCCUCGCUCUGAUCGUGGCUCUCUCUGGAGUAACGCUCAUCUUGCUUGCGUUACUGUUCUUCUUCCUCAUGUAUAAGAAGCGUCUACAACAAGGAGAUAUUCUCGAAGACUGGGAGAUCAAUCAUCCUCACAGGCGUAGAUACAAAGAUCUCUACGCCGCCACUGAUGGAUUCAACGUCAACCGGAUCAUCGGCACGGGAGGAUUCGGCACCGUCUUCAGAGGAAGCCUCUCCUCAUCCUCUGAUCAAAUCGCCGUGAAGAAGAUAACUCCGAAUAGCAUGCAAGGCGUUCGAGAGUUCGUGGCGGAGAUCGAGAGUUUAGGUCGUUUAAGGCACAAGAAUCUAGUCAACCUCCAAGGAUGGUGCAAACACAAAAACGAUCUCUUGCUCAUUUACGAUUUUAUCCCCAACGGGAGCUUAGACUCUCUGCUCUACAGCCGACCGAGACAAAGCGGCGCCGUUUUGUCCUGGAACGCGCGUCUCCAGAUCGCCAAAGGAAUCGCGUCUGGGCUGCUCUACCUCCACGAAGAAUGGGAGAAGAUUGUCAUCCACAGAGACGUCAAGCCCAGCAACGUUCUCAUCGACGAUGACAUGAACCCGAGACUCGGAGAUUUCGGGCUCGCCAGGCUUUACGAACGCGAGACGCUCUCUCACACCACCGUCGUCGUCGGCACUAUCGGCUAUAUGGCCCCCGAGCUCACCCGCAACGGUAAAUCUUCUGCUGCGUCUGAUGUUUUCGCGUUUGGCGUUUUGCUUUUGGAGAUCGUUUCCGGGAGGAGACCCACGGACUCCGGAACCUUCUUCUUGGCAGAUUGGGUCAUGGAGCUGCGAGAGACCGGUGACAUUCUCCCUGCGGUCGAUCCCAGACUAGGAUCUGGUUACGAAGCUGGAGAGGCGAAGGUUGCACUCUCUGUCGGAUUGCUAUGUUGCCAUCAGAGACCGGCGUCUCGGCCGUCGAUGAGAAGGGUGCUUAAGUAUUUGAACGGUGAGGAAGAUGUUCCUGAGAUUGGCGACCACUGGGGGUAUUCAGACUCUUCAAGAAGCGGUUUAGGAUCCAAGGUUGAAGGUUAUGAUGUUUCGUCUGAUAGGGCUAAUUCUAGCUCAGUCGCAUCUUUCUCCGUCACGAGGGUUUCUUCGAGUUCUGUGAUCAUGACUGGUAGAUGAUAGAUAGUGUAUAUUCACACUUUGUUUAUACUUCCCUUGCAAGGCAUCUAUAAUACUAUCUAGUUUUUUUUUUAACCUUGUUAUGGUGUUUUGGCAUUUAUCGUUUUUAACGACCCGUUUGACUUUCAAAUCAACAUUUUU